ACAUGUUGCCGAUGAGCAAACAAUGUAAAAUAAAUACGUCUUCCAGACAAGGCGCGUAGCCAGGAAAUUACUUUUGGGUUGGCCUUGAUAAAAAUGGAUGUGCCAAGUUUUUGCCCAAUAUAUUUAUUUAUUUAUUUAUUUGCAAAAUUUUCCUUAACAACAGAGAAGUGCCACAUUCAAACAGUUCUUUCACACCUCAUUUUAUACUAUUUUAUAAAUAUAUAUUUGAAGUCAAAGAAUAAUAUGUCAUAUUCUGUGUGGGCCUGGGUUUCAUUUUAUGUGUGCUAUCAGGGGAAUUUAGGACUGUAGGACUUUCAGACGGUUACGUUACAUUUCCGCAUUUUUAUUUUUUCACCCGCUAACUGGUUCUGAGCCAAUCAUAUUCGGCAAACUGCACCUUCCCUCAAGCCCCGCCCCUUUUACUACACCUACCUGUGGAGCGCGCGACCAGCACAAACUCUGCACACGCACACGGUUACUCACUUCCCCUUUUUCUGUUGUUCUUCGUUAUUAUUCGUCGUUUGCAACUCUUUUACUAAAUUAACCACUAGUGAGGGUAGGAAGAGGUCGGAUGUGAACUUUCUAGUCACCUUAGGAGCAAGAUCUAUUGUAAAAACUAAUUUGGUUACCCGGAACGAUGCACUUAGUGAACACCCGCGCCGGCUCAUAGCGCAAAAGAGGUGAGCUGCUCACGAGACCUUCAACUUCUACAAACAAACUGACUUUCAUCUCAGACAUCAUGGAGUUAUCACCGGCUCAUCCUGCGGUGAAAGCAUUUAUGUGCGGAUCUCUGAGCGGGACGUGCUCGACACUGCUCUUCCAGCCGCUUGACCUGGUGAAGACCCGCCUCCAGACCCAACAGAACAUCCUGCCUGGGUCAGGUCGGGUGGGCAUGGUCACAGUCUUUGUAAAUGUGCUGCGCACGGAGAAGCUGAUUGGACUGUGGAGGGGCGUGUCACCUUCAUUUGUGCGCUGUAUUCCAGGAGUGGGGAUAUACUUCAGCACAUAUUUCACCCUAAAGCAGCGUUUUUUCGGUGAUGGGGCCCCGGGUCCUCUACAUGCAGUGCUGCUGGGAGCUGGAGCCAGAAGUGUUGCAGGAAUCUGCAUGCUGCCCAUCACAGUCAUCAAAACACGCUUUGAGAGCGGCCGUUAUAACUACAGAAGUGUUGCUGGAGCGUUGCGGUGUGUUUUUCGGACUGAGGGUCCGAGGGCUCUGUUCUCUGGUCUCACUGUCACUCUGCUCAGAGAUGCUCCAUUCUCGGGAAUAUACGUCAUGUUCUACAUUCAGGCCAAAAACACACUGCCACAAGAGGUAGUUCAGUCAUCAUACGCCCCGCUGGUGAACUUCAGUUGUGGGGUUCUGGCGGGCGUUUUGGCGUCUGUUUUGACUCAGCCCGCUGAUGUGGUGAAAACUCACAUUCAAGUGAGUCCUGAUGUCUUCAGCAGGAUGUCAGAUGUGGUGCGAUACAUUUACAAGGAACACGGCUUGGUUGGAUUUUUCCGUGGCGCGGUUCCUCGCUCUCUCAGGAGAACUAUGAUGGCGGCGAUGGCGUGGACGGUGUACGAGCAGCUGAUGGCUCAGAUGGGCCUGAAAUCCUGAGACGGAUCAAAGCGAAACAUGAACUUCAGUAAAGCAGAAGCUCACACGAUUUGUGUGUGAUGAUCCAGAGAUUGACUGGGCACCAGAAAACACAGAGGAAACAUGUUUGUUUUACUCAUUAACUGUUCUUCUGUGUCAUUGAGCUGUUUAAAUGCACUUUAUAAUCGGAUCUCUACUUCUCUCUUGAGUUUAUAACAAAGUGAUACUAGAAAGCAGCUAAUAAUGUGUCUUUAUGCUUUGCAAUGCCAGGCUUUGAACUUUCACACUGACAUUUUUCCUAAUUUUAUUUAGCAAUCUACUUGAGGACAUACCGUAGACAUGUAAAUGAUUCACACUGCAAGCUUCUCAAUGUUCGAGUCAAAUCUGGCUGCAUUGAACACACAGAGAAUGUCACUAUGAAUGUCACUUUGGACAAAAGCAUCUGCCAAAUGCAUAAAUGUAAAUACAAACCUGUUCUUAUGUUAAUCAGGCUUUGAGGUGGAUCCUUUGUUCCCAGUCUGGGACAAUAUUUCUGGAGUGAAACAGUGUUUUAUCUGAAUGAGGAGCAGAUAAUAUAGCCUUUAUUUAAGAGUUUAUUCAAUGCAUAAGAAAGUAAUUCAAUGCAUGAAACAAUAAUGAAUAUAUGUGGCAUGUUGAAGUUGUUUCAUACUUGA